AUCUACAGUAUAGUCCUAAGUAAAAUCUCCUCACACAGAUUCCUCCGAAAACGUACAGAGAGAAACAAAAGAAGAGAGAGACCUUACACAAAAAUUCCCAUUUUCUCUCUUUUGGUCUCUCUCUCUUUUUUCUCUUUCUGUAUAAUUCUUUGGCAAUUUUAUAAUCACCCAUUUAAUUCAAGUUCAAAAGAGCACCAAAAGAGGUGCUUUACAUUGAACAAGUUCUUCCUAUCAGAUCCUUAUAGCACUUGUUGCAUUGUGCUAUGUGGAAAUCCAUUUCAAAUGCCAUUACAAGCUUUGGUCAGAAGAAGGAUUCAGCUGCGCCCAGUCAAACCUGUCAUGAAUACUCGGAUGACGAUGAUAUCUGUUCUAAUGACAGCACUGAGGAAGGACUAGAAUGCCCAAUAUGUUGGGAAUCAUUUAACAUUGUCGAGAAUGUUCCCUAUGUAUUAUGGUGUGGCCACUCUCUUUGCAAGAAUUGUCUAUUGGGACUUAAACCGGCUUCUGUGAAGAUAUCCACUCAACAAGUCCAGAUUCCAUUGUUCAUUUCCUGCCCAUGGUGCAAUUUGCUGACACUUCGGUUGUUUUACCAGGGAAAUCUCAAGUUUCCUAGCAAGAACUUCUUCCUCCUCUGGAUGGUGGAAAGCAGAAAUGGCGACAGGGUGACGUCGCCAUCUGCCAUUUACAGGGAUCAAACUUCAGUUACUGGGAUCCAGACUUCUGUCACGAACUGCAGGCGGACUCAUCGUCUAGGCUCUUCCGCGUCUAGUUCUACUGGUCCUAGAACUAGCAAUACAAGUGGUAUCACCACAAUGCAAAGGUCCCAGUUUUCUCUUCAGAAGUCCCUUGAUUUCUUUUUCCGGGUGACAUCCAAGUUUCCUUUGGUUAUUGUACUUCUUCUGGUUGUUAUAUUCGUGAUACCUUCCAGUGUGGGCAUCCUACUUCUAUACCUGCUGAUCACAAUUCUAUUUGGACUUCCAUCUUUGCUAGUAUUAUACUUCGCUUAUCCUGCUCUGGAUUGGUUGGUGAGAGAGAUUACUGCUUGAAAUGUAGCCGAUUCAAUUUGUUUGAGAAUUAUUUCUUAGAGUUUCGAGUCUGUAAUACAAAGUACUGCUUGCACUAGUAAACAAUGUCUCAUCAGUUUGAUCUUAGUCUUUAUAUCUAGAGAUGUUGUACAUAUUUGUUGGUUUUUGGUGGAAGUCAAUGUUAAUUUUCCUUGAAAGUUUGAA